AAAAAAACAGGAUGAACGACCUGCUCACGGACUCGUUCGUUGGUCCAACGAACCGGGUCCAGAGUAAUGAUAUCGAGAUGGGGGUGCAGGGUCACAGCCAGAGCUCCAGGAGUAGCUCUGAUAUGGGAAUGGCAAGUUUCAAUAAGCAGAUACAAGAAGUUGAGAAAAAUGUUGAUAAAGUUGCUGGUCUGCUGAAGAGCUUGAAGGAUGCUAACGAGGAAUCAAAAAAUGUUACAAAAGCUUCUUCCAUGAAAGCCAUCAAAAAGCGAAUGGAGAAAGACAUUGACGAAGUCGGGAAGACAGCACGUUUCGUCAAAGCAAAACUAGAAGCCAUAAACAAAGAUAACUUAGCCAAUCGACAGAAACCUGGCUGCGAAAAGGGCACUGGGGUCGACAGAGCUAGGAUGAAUGUUUCAAGUUCAUUAACGAAAAGGUUUAGAGACCUGAUGACCGAGUUUCAGACCCUAAGACAAACGAUACAAGACGAGUAUCGAGAGGUUGUUGAGAGAAGGGUCAUGACAGUCACUGGAACUAGACCAGAUGAAGAGACGAUUGACCAACUAAUUGAGACGGGAGACAGUGAGCAGAUCUUUCAAAAUGCAAUGCAAGAAAUGGGUCGAGGACAGGUGUUAAAUACGGUGCAAGAAAUCCAGGAGAGGCACGACGCAGUGAAGGAGAUCGAAAAGAAGCUUCUUGAUUUACACCAGAUAUACCUUGACAUGGCUGUUCUAGUUGAGGCUCAAGGAGAGAUAUUAGACAACAUCGAAAACCAGGUUUCUUUUACUUCUUUUCCUAUAAGUACUUCUCAAUUUUGGUUUUCGCGCAGUGCACGGGUGACAAAUGCAGUGGAUCAUAUUCAAUCAGGGACAGAUGCUCUCCAGACAGCCAAGAGUCUGCAGAAGAACUCGAGAAAAUGCAUGAUGAUUGCCAUCAUUCUCCUCUUGCUCAUUGCCGGUUUCAUUCUACUAGCCGUUCUCAAACCCUGGAAGAACAAGAAGGCCUGAACCCCCACACACAAGGAAAAUACACACAUAAAAAAACACACACAUGCAGAUAGCUAUAUAUUUUAUAUAGAAGAAGAAAAAGGAAAUUAGUGCUUCUUUUUUUUUCGGUAAUUGAAAUUAGUGCUUCAUCCAUUCAUUACACAACUAUUCCCUGUGUUACUUCAUAACAUCAUCACAGCUGCAUUUCUUUAGAUGUCUUUCACUCGAUUUAAGGCCUCCUCUCUGC